AUGGAGAGGCCGGGCGAGGAGGAAGACGAGCCGGCGGCGGAGGGAGGAGGCGCGCUGGCCUCGCUCGUCAGGAGGCAGCGCAAGGAGAAGCGCGACCUGCAGGCUAAAAUCCAAGGGAUGAAAAAUGCUGUUCCAAAGAAUGAUAAAAAGAGAAGAAAACAGCUCACAGACAGUGUUGCCAAACUGGAGGCAGAUCUGGAACAGAAGCAUAAAGAGGAGCUGAAUAAGCUGCAAGAGACAGUACCUGAGGAGAGUAAGGAGGAUUCAGCAGCUAUAAGUAUGGCAAGUUUGGAGCUGGAAAACACACAACAGGUUCAGCCUCCUCGAAUAUCAAAAGCACAGAAAAGGCGGGAUAAAAAAGCUACAUUGGAGAAGGAAAGAGAAGAAAGAAUAGCAGAAGCUGAGAUAGAAAAUUUAGCGGGAGCUAGACACCUUGAAAGCCAGAAACUUACACACAUUUUGUCAACAAGGCAUCUGGAAAUCAAACAGAUCCCCUCUGAUGGCCAUUGCAUGUACAGAGCGAUUGAAGAUCAGCUCAAGGAGCGACAAAACUCCUGGACUGUUGCAACUCUUAGAGCGCAAACUGCAGAGUACAUGAGAACUCAUGCGGAUGACUUCUUACCAUUCCUGACGAAUCCAAACACAGGUGAUCUGUACAGUCAGGAUGAAUUUGAAAAAUACUGUUGUGAUAUAGCAACCACAGCUGCUUGGGGUGGUCAGUUAGAAUUAAGGGCGUUAUCGCACAUCUUGCAAACGCCAAUUGAAGUAGUACAGAUGGAUUCACCUCCCAUUACUGUUGGUGAAGAAUACAGUAGGAAGCCACUAAUACUUGUGUAUAUGAGACAUGCUUAUGGAUUAGGAGAACAUUAUAAUUCUGUAAAACCUCUGUCGGAAAUGACUACAGAUAAUGAAUGCUAGUACACAGUUCCUCCGAAGAUAUGAAUGAUGGAUAUUUUGCUCUUUAAGCUAUUCACCAUUGGAUAGGUCUUGAAGCAAAUUAAUUCUGUCCUUUUUAAAAUAAGACACAGAUG